AUGAGCAAAUGCACUUCGGUAUCGGAAUCAGUAUGGAAGGAUAUCCAGUCUACUAAUUCAGUGACCGAUGAUCAGCUCUCAGUAUUGCAUUUUCUAUUUGGGAAGAACUUGGAAAGAGCAACGCGGAUAGUUGAUCAAAGGGGUGUCAAGAGGAUUUCCGGCGAGCCCAGUGGUCGUUCUAUUUUCCAGUUGCUGAAAAUGAGUUGGUGGUGGGCCGGAGCUAUUGGCGCUGCAAAGAAAAAAUUCGAAGAAGAUGAGGCACCGAUCAAACACCAAAGCGUGGCCCUAGUAAUCGGUGUCACCGGCAUCGUGGGCAACAGUCUGGCCGAAAUUCUCCCGCUCGCCGACACCCCCGGCGGCCCCUGGAAGGUCUACGGCGUCGCCCGCCGCCCCCAGCCGUCUUGGAGUGAUGACAAUCCAAUUCAAUACAUCCGAUGCGACAUCUCAGAUCAUGAGGAUGCUCAAGCAAAGCUUUCACCGCUAACGGAUAUCACACACAUCUUCUAUGUCACAUGGACCAAUAGAUCCACGGAGGCUGAAAAUUGCGAAGCCAAUGGCAAAAUGUUUCAGAAUGUGCUUGAUGCAGUUAUCCCCAACUGUCCUAAUUUGAAGCACAUUUGUUUGCAAACAGGAGGGAAGCAUUACGUUGGUCCAUUUGAAUCCUUUGGAAAGAUAAAACCUCAUGAUCCUCCUUUCCACGAGGACUUGCCCCGUUUGGAUUGCCCAAAUUUUUACUAUACUCUUGAGGAUAUCCUGUUCGCGGAGGUGGAAAAGAAGGAGGGAUUGACGUGGUCGGUUCAUAGGCCAGGGGUUAUAUUUGGAUUUUCUCCUUUUAGCAUGAUGAACUUAGUUGGUACGCUAUGUGUUUAUGCUGCUAUAUGUAAGCACGAGGGUGUGCCAUUGAGGUUUACAGGGAGUAAGGUUGCGUGGGAUGGAUAUUCCGAUUGUUCUGAUGCAGAUUUGAUUGCUGAGCAUCAGAUAUGGGCGGCAGUGGAUCCCUAUGCUAGGAAUGAGGCGUUCAAUAUCAGCAAUGGGGAUGUAUUCAAGUGGAAACAUUUCUGGAGGGUGUUGGCUGAGCAAUUCGGUGUGGAAUAUGGAGAGUUUGAGGAGGGGCAGAAUCUGACAUUGCAGGAGAUGAUGAAGGAUAAAGGGAAGGUUUGGGAUGAAAUUGUGCAGGAGAAUGGAUUAACACCUACUAAAUUGGAGGAUGUUGGCGUUUGGUGGUUUGCCGAUCUUAUUCUUGGCAUACCGGAAAGUGUCUUGAAUACCAUGAACAAGAGCAAGGAGCACGGUUUUCUGGGAUUCAGGAAUUCUAAGAAUUCAUUCAUUUCAUGGAUUGACAAGGUGAAAGCUUACAAGAUCGUCCCUUAA